AUGUAUGUAUGUAUGUAUGUAUAUAUAUAUAUAUAUAUUCAAAGAUAGUAUGUCAGAAUUUUUUUUUAAUUAAAAAAAAAUAUUUUUUUUUACUUAGCUGCCAAAUGGAACUAAAUAUUUACUUUUGUGGUUAUGCAGUAUUUCCACAAACAGUGGCCCGAUAAAAAUGUGGCGCUCACGACAUUGUCAAAUCAGUCACGUAGCUCCACUGGAACAUGAAUGCACACAAAAUUGUGGAGCGACCAAAUCGAAGAGCCUAUUACGCAAAUUAUCCUUGAAACAACAUCUUUGCAUCCUGUUAAGAAGCAAGUCAUGUAGCUUCACUGAACACAGACAUUGUGAAGCGACCACGACUGAGUCUACUGGAAUGCUAAUUGAUGCUAAAGAUAGGAAAUCUUUGCUUAACACAAUCUCAUCUUUAAUAUUGCAGAUAGGACAGAAUAAAUUUAUCACGUAACUGGAACAUAAACAGGGACGUACACGAAAUUGUGGAGCGACUGCACGUCAGAAUCUACAGGAACAAUAAUCAUCUCAGCUAAAUGUGGGAUGGAUCAUUUUUAAUUAUUGGGCUGCGCAAAUGAGUCAGCUUGCUCGCUGGAAUGUAAACAUGGACGCAUACAACUUUGUGGAGUCUACUGGAACACUAAUUGUCAAAAAAGAUGCCGUAGCUGUAGAAUGAAAGAUUCGGGUGAGACUGGGCUGAAUUUGCGACGCACACAAAGCUGUGGCGUCACCCCAUCACUCCCCUAAAAUGUUGACCACUGCUAAAGACUGUAUAUACGCAGCACAAGAUUACCGGUAUAUUUAAUAUUGCAAACUUUGAGUAGCUCCCCAAAGAGCCAUGAACGAACACAUUGUGCAGCGACCGCCUACUGUCGAUUGGAGCCACUACUUUCUUUUCUUACUAUUCUCUGUUUUGUGCUUAAUUACAAAGUUUCAACUGUGAGAAAAGAGAUACCAGACAUUCCACCAUGGCCAAACCUGCCAACAAACAUGAACUCCUUGGUGGAGGCAAUAGUCUUAGUAUUUGGCUUCAAAAAGACACAACCUUGGUUUUUGUUGACAAUUUUUUUUUAUUCCAGUUCAUGGAUGGUGUUUACCCUGUUGAAGUCUAUAACUAUUGCAUACAACGUAAACAACAGCUUCUCUUGGUGUUAUUCUCUGGUUGUUGCGGGCCCCAAACUAAACAUGACGUAUUCCCUCCUUGCUGUACUUCUCUCUGGAUAUCAUUUCUAACACUCUGCGAACAGACAAGUUCACUCUGCAGAUACAUUUCAACUCUCUUUGCCAGAUUUGGAGCUGUCGUAAAAAAACGUUCUCUCUUUUCAACUUGGAACAGCUUCCUUGAGGGUGCCUAGAAAACGAUGUUUGCUGAUUAUUUAAUGUGCGGAAGUCGCUAACUUGACACACAGGCUAUAUUAAACUGCACCACAUUGGUUUGAAAAGUAGGAAAAUUAUGAUAACUUUUUGAAUACUGUAUUGUACCUUAAAGUGUAAUACAAUAAACAAUAGUGAAAACCCGUGAGUAAUUGAUGCCUCCCCCAAAAUUUAUUUUUGACUGUUUUAAUAAUUUUAAGUCCUAAAUGUACCCUCAACUUUGAUCCAAAAACACUGUAAUAUUAUUUCCAACUCCUAUUACAACAUUACCCAAAUGGUUUACAGAUUAUUUGAUUUGGGGAAAAAUGCACCAGAAGUGAGAGGACGCUGGCAUGUAUUUAGCAACUUGUAAAAAUACAAUUUACAGUGGUACCUUUUACCCCAACUUUUGUGAGUCACAAGCCGUAGCUUUGUCGUAUUUUGUUGCUUUGAAAUGCCAGCAAAAAUUGGAGGUACGAGACUGCCAAUAGCCAUCUGGAUCUUUCUUUGCAUCCUCUUAAGAAGUUUUGAUUUUGAUUGCUCCAGCACCAACCCCGCAAGAAGCCAGGUCUACCUGUUGGACCGCUACUGAAUCUUCUAUCAUGCUGCUGUUCGAUGUCAAGCCGGCCAACGCUAACUAGCUACUGAAGAAAAAUUUCUCAACCAAAUCUUGAUAGGUUCUGCAUAAAAAAAAAUAAUUGAGUAGGUAAUUACGUUCACAAAUAGUGAAGCAUGAAUAGGCAGGGUUUGACGAAAGCUACACACAAUUUAAAAAGUACAUAUGGUUCAUUGAGUAAUAUUGUGUCAAUAUUACAUGGAUGUAUAUAUUGACCAAAACACAAAUAAAACAUUGAGAUUUGUUUGUGACGAGUCUGAUCACUUUAGCUUGAUGUUAUCUUCUAGGCAACGUAAAAGGUACAUAACUUGCUAAAUAGUACAGAUAAUGAGCUAUAAUGGCUUUGAAUGCACAACACCGCUCUAAAUAGUUGCUUUAAAACACAUCGAGAUGGUAAUUCCUUUAAAUUGAGAUUAAAAAUGUGUAAUGUUUAAAGCUUUUGUUAGUUAAUUUCGUCAGUUUUGGUGGCUAGCUUUAAGCAGCGUGCUACUGCAUUAAAAAAAAAAAAAGAAUUGCGGUGCUGUCACUGUCUGUGAUUGGCUCAUUUAAUUGAACAGACCAAUCCGUGCACAGGUUAGUGGUGGGCCAGCGAGUCUUCACAUCCACAGAUCUUUGAUAAGGACCGCCAGUGUAUUUACACGAUGGGACUAAUAAUAAAGGUUAUCUUAUGUUGUUUUCGAUGCCUUACAAGUGGGUUAUUUGUAUUACUAACGAUUAUAUGUUAGUACAGAUAAAAAUGGUUCUAAUUUUUCAAGAAUUUAAUGACAAACGUAAAAUGAACCAAAAUAUUAAAUGUAUUAGCUUGGUAGCUAUGGUAUGUCAAAGCUAAACAAGGAGCGCCAACACAUAACAUGGCGCCGCAGAACCACCGUCUGUGAUUGGCUUGGAAAAUGGCACUGGUCAAUCUGCAUAUUUUCUAAACCGAACACAUGUGCUUGUUCACGUUUGUGAGCUCAGGGGAAGGACAUCCAUUUUUACCAGCUAACAUCGCCUGCAUAAUGUCAUAAAGACAAAGCCAGAAGAAUACAAGUGCUCUGGUUUUGGACAUUCUAGGGCUCAGGAUGCCUGCUGCUGUCGAGUGGGACGAUGUGAAGAAGCUGGACCCGGCGAACCUCCACGAACGUUACAAGGAUGAACUGGACAGCGUCAUCGACCUUCUCACGUCGACAGAAGAGUGGGAGGUGGAGCGCCGAGCUCGGAGGACGUCAUCCACAUACUGCGAGUGUUUCAGGCCCUGCUCAAGGUCUUCCACCUUAUCUGCUCUUAUCUGACACGUGUACACGUCAUUCACACUUCAUUUGAAUUCUGGAUUUCCUUUUCGACAAUAUUUGCCUGGCCUUGCUGUCUCACCUCAAAAAGACAGGAAAAAGUGUUUAAGAGGUGUGAUAGAAUAAGUGAAAAGCCAUGAUAUAGAGACCAUAUGAUUUUUUAAAAAUAGUUAUAACCAUCCAUCCAUUUUCUGAGGUUCUUCUCCUCACUAGGGUCGCGGGCGUGCUGGAGCCUACCCCAGCUGUCAUCGGGCAGGAAGCGGGGUACACCCUGAACUGGUUGCCAGCCAAUCGCAGGGCACAUACAAACAAACAACCAUUCGCACUCACAGUCACACCUAUGGGCAAUUUAGAGUCUCCAAUCAAUGCAUGUUUUUGGGAUGUGGGAGGAAACCGGAGUGCCCGGAGAAAACCCACGCAGGCACGGGGAGAACAUGCAAACUCCACACAGGCGGGACCGGGGAUUGGACCCAGGUCCUUAGAACUGUGAGGCAGAUGUGCUAACCAGUCGUUCACCGUGCCGCCAAUAGUUAUAAUCCUCUCACACAUUUAAAACACAUUUAAACAUAUUAAAACUUGCUUGAACUUGUUGAAACACAGUUUUUAAACACAUCGUAAACUUAUUUUUGAUGUUGUUUUUGCGACUUCUGGCUUGACCCAUCAGGGGUCGCCACAGUGAUUCAAUUGCAUGAUUUGUUUGGCCCAGUUUGUUCGGGAGACUGGCUGGAAAUGGAACUUUCACCAUCUGCAUUAAAGGCAGUAGCAUAUAGCGGUACACAACCAGUGCAUAUCGUAAAUGCAUUUGAACAUACAACAAAUUGCAAGCAUAAAAUGUAUAGAAAAUACAUACCGUAUUGUAGUGUCUUUGUACAUGCAUGUGCCUUUAAGAGGCUGGCCCUGGUGCUGAGUCGGCGUGUGAGUGUCUGGGCGUUAACUGUGGCCAACAGCAGUUCCCUCAUGUUUGUGUGUUUUUCCUGUUCUCCUGGCAUCUAAAAAACUGCUAAAAAGCGCAUCAGCGACUGUGGCUCUCCUUUCCCACAUCCAAGGACAUUACUAUGAAGAAUCAAGAAGCAACUUUGGCCGAACAGUUAGUUGAUGAACAAGAGAAAACUGAAAAGACGCUUCUUGUCAAAGUGUCCAGACUGGAAGAAGAACGAACGGGGAAGGACAUACAUUUUUACCAGCUAACAUCUUGCUUUUAACAAUUAAAAACUUGGGAAGGACAUCCAUUUUUACCAGCUAACAUCGCCUCCGUGAUGUCAUAAAGACAAAGCCAGAAGAAUACAAGCUGGUUUUGGACAUUCUAGGGCUCAGGAUGCCUGCUGCUGUCGAGUGGGACGAUGUGAAGAAGCUGGACCCGGCGAACCUCCACGAACGUUACAAGGAUGAACUGGACAGCGUCAUCGACCUUCUCACGUCGACAGAAGAGUGGGACGUGGAGCGCCGAGCUCGGGAGGACGUCAUCCACAUACUGCGAGUGUUUCAGGCCCUGCUCAAGAUGAAGAAUCAAGAAGCGACUUUGGCCGAACAGUUAGUUGAUGAACAAGAGAAAAAUGAAAAGACGCUUCUUGUCAAAGUGUCCAGACUGGAAGAAGAACUAACGUAUGCCGGCACGGGCCCAGAGAACCGUUUUCUGAGGAACGAGAUCCGGCAGUUGAAGGGCCAGCUGGUGCGCAAGGAGGAGAUGGUCAACCAGCUGAAGAAGGAAAUGAAAAGAGAGAAGAAGAACACGGAGAAGCUGCUUAUGCGAGCGGAGGCUGCCGAGGACGACCUGAAGAUGUUGAAAAGAGAGAACACGCAGCUCCAGCAGGACGUGGACUUUUAUCAUGGACAGUUGGAGCUUAAGGAAUCAGAUGUGUCCAAAGAGGAGAACGCCGAGACUCAGAGGAAGCUUCUCUCAGCCAACCACCAGCUUUCCCAGUGCCUGGACGACCUUCAGCAAGCGGAGGACGAAAUCUCACGGUUGAAGGAAGACAACCUCCGCAUGCAGAAAUGUGUGAUGCAGUCGGCAAAUGAGAUGGAAAAUAUGAGCGAUGAGUACAAUCAGAUCAAGAUGGCCGUCCACCACUGCGACACCGCGACUGACCAGCUGAGGAAAGAGAGAGAUCGUGCCGAGCUGCAGGUAAGAGAGCUGACGCAGAAGGUAAACGACAUGACGGAAGAGGAUGACCCCAUUAUUGCAGCAGUGGACGCUCAAGUGGACCAAUGGAAGAACGUGCUCUCUGAAAAGGACAAGGAGAUUUCAAUGUAUCAGCAGAUGAUCCGUGACCUUCAGCAGAAGUUGCGCAUGGCCCAGUUGGACAUGGACAGAAACAAUAUUCUUGCCUUGCAGCAGGCUGUGGAGGAGCGAGAUGAUCAGAUCAAUACCCUAAGAGAGCAAGUGGAGCAUUACACAGGCGAAAUGAAGAAGCAGACGCUGCUCAUGGAAAGUCUGAAGGUGCCCAAAAAGGAAAGUGGAAGCGCCUUUCUGGACACUCAAGCGCUGGUCCAGGAGAGAAAGAUGGAGGAGCUCACAUCCAAGUGGGAAGCUGCCGAGAUGAGAGCAGUAGAAGCGGAGGAGGCUUUAAAACGAGCCGAAGAUCACGCUGAGGAAAAAGACAGAGAGGUCAUUGAGGUCUCCAAGCGCCUGACAGAGUAUGAGCGUGGCACUUACGGCCUAGAAGAAGCCAUCAGGGAGAUCAAGGAGUGUAAAAUGCAAAUCCGAAGGAGAGAGUUGGAGUUAGAGGCCGUGACCAAAGAGAUCAACCAAGCGUACAUAACAAACAACCAGCUCACCGAGGAAAAUGAAGAAUUCCGGGAAAGACUCGGCUAUGAACCCAGUCAGGAAGUGGACCUGAGCGAGUUCAGGCGAGCCAAAGGCCUGAAACAACGGCAGUACAAAGCUGAAAAUCAAAUCCUCACUAAAGAGAUUGAGCGUCUUGAAGAGGAACGACUGGAGAUGAAGCAACAAGUCCGACACCUGGCCAAGCGGACAGGGCUGCCACCGUCCGUCUUGGAGGAGGACAACGUCACACAAGGUGUAAAAUGGCCACAGACUCCUAUUCAAAACACCAAUGCGAGCACGAACGAAGAGCUCCAAGCCAAGAGUGAACGCACGGAAGAAGCAGUGACGAUGCCGAAGAGGGAGGCAGAACUCAACAAGUACCAGUUCCAGUUUAAACUGGAGCAGCUAUCCAGAGAGAAAGAAGACCUGGAAGCUGCACUCAAAGACAUCCUCCAGGCUUUGAAGGCUAAAGACACCACAAACAUCCCCACUCUGAAAAGGCUGGCCAACCACAACCUGAAGGUCUUUGCCACUGACAUGGUGGUGAGCCUCCAAGAGGAGCAUGCAAAGGCCCUCCAGGAGAAGACGAAAGCCGAAAAGGAGAACAGGAGGACCAAGAGGAAGGUGGACAAUCAGGAGCAGAGACUUCGAGAGAUGAAGGAGACCUGCAGAUGUUUGGAGGAAAAACUAAAGGAGAAGUCCGGCCAUGAGGCAGAUAGCCAGGCUGCCCUGAAGAUGGCCCACAAGAGCGUCAAAGAGCUCCAAAUUCGCCUGAGCAAUAAAGAAGAUGUGAUCAAAAAGUACCUGAGCCAGCUGACUCAAGUUGGAAAGGAUCAAGAAGAGUUGAUAAAGACACACGCAGAGGAGAUGAAGACGUUGUAUCAGAAGUUGGACUCCAACAACAACAUGGCCCUGGAUCGCAUCAGACGGCAGGCAGCGGAAGCCAUGAAGAACCCCAGCAUGGCCACGUCGACAUCCAAACAUAUGGACCGCGUUGCAGAGUUGGAGCAGAUGGUGGCCGAACAGGACGUGUCGCUCGCAUCUGUCAACAGGAAGCUAAAGAUGGUCGCCGCCGAGUCAGAGCGACACAAGGCGGCCAUGGAAACACAGGCCAAGAAACACGGCGAUGAGAUCUCCAGGUUGAAAAGGUCUCAUGCCGCGGAGUUGGAAGAUGUGAGCUUUGAUACCAAAGACCAGAGGAGCCAAAUAGCAGAUCUAAAGAAGGACAUGGACUCCCUCCAGAAUGAGCUCGAGAGCCAAAGGGAGGCCAAUGUUGUGUCGCACAGCAACACCAUGAAAAACAUCGUGGAACGCCUCAAGCUGCAGCUGGUCCACAAAGAGAAACAGAUCAAGGCUCUCAGCAAAGUUCUCAUCGGAAUGCGGACCCAGAUGACAUCUGCCGCAGAACAACAAGUCUUGGCCAACACUGCACAGACCGAGGAGAAACUCAACAUUCAGAAGUUGGUCGACAAGCACACAAUAGACCUGAAGGCUCAGGUGCAGGAGUUGAGCGACCAACUGGAAGUGGCAAAUGAUUCGUCUAGAAAGGGCGAGAACAAACUGAAGGCUCAGGUGGACAACCUGAACAAGAAGCUGCAGAGGAGCCUCAGCAGUCAGAAGGCGCUCCGCACUCAAUUGGAGGAGAAAGAACAAGAGUUCCACGAGUUGGAGAAGCAAAUCAAGAGCCGGAGUGACCCCGCUCAGAGCAAAGAGAAAGUAGUGCAAUGGGAGGAGGCUAAGAAGUGGCAAGCCAGGUUGGACAAGGUCAAGAACGUUCUGAAGGACAAGGAACAACAAAACUACUGCCUGUCGAGGCAACUUAAUUCUAUAAAAGACCUCUAUGCCAAGCUGGAGCGAGAGAAGAACACAACGCAGAAGAAGACCAAAGCUAGGGGAUUGACGGCUGAUCCGGUUGUAGAGAAGGAGACUCAGUUGAUCACUGCAAAGCAACACCAAACUGGGAAUGGCGAGUUAACCGAGAAGUUGAGCCAAUCCCUGGAGGAAAGACUGCGAUCCUUAGAAAACCACAUGUCCAGCAAGUCUCAGAAAGCACCACUUGUACCAAAGAAAGACAGUGAGACUCCUUCACAAAGCGACGGGGACCUCCAGACGGAAAACCUCAAGCUGGUUUCAGACAAUCUGGAGCUGCGCCUCCAGCUCGCGCAGGCUAACAUAGACCUGCCAAGAUUGAAGGAUAAAGUUGCAAAUCUGGAGGAGAUGUGCAGUGCACUGAAGAAUGACAAUGCUGGAAGUCUUUCUCAUACCUGCGAAGCUGACACAUUGAACAACCCUGACAACGUGGGGACAGGAACAGAUGUCACCAAGGAAGUCAGCAAACUGAAGAAAGACAACGCAGAGCAGAAACAGGCGCCAGACGAGAACAGCGAUGUGAAUGGAGAGAUACCUAAAAGCGACAAAGAUAACAAAGAGCCAAGAAGUCCCUUGCAGGUGGCUGAAGCUGAGGAUAGCCACGUUUAAAGUGAUGUCGAAUUUCACUAUUCCAUAAUAUGUCCCCAUUGAAAAGUAUUUUUAAUUACCAAUAGAAUGAUAGCAGAGGGAAUUAUCUCUAGUUUUGCCUGUAACGACUGUAAAUGUGCUUUAUUUGUAAGCAUGAUCAGUGGUCUGACAAUUAAAGGAAAAAAAAUGCAAAAAUUAUAAUAAUGAUGCUUUGAGGUCAUUUUAGUUUUUAUUUGAUCACAUGUGAAGUUGCUUUAUUUUAUAGUACAGCUAACAUACACAGGAGCCAUUAUUUCGGCUCCUAGUGUAUACCUGACAAAAUUGCCUGGUUAAAAAGGGGAAAAAGGUAAUAUCUGAAUAGAUUUUUGUAAAAAUAUAUAGGCCUAGGUUUUUAGUGUAUUUCAUGUCAAAAAAACAAACCCAAAUAUUCCACUCGAUUGUGUUCAUUUGUGAUAUAGAGUUUGGGGCAAAAGUAGGCACCGGUAUGCAUUUUUUCAAUUUUUUUUUUUUUCAAUUGAGGAAGGGAGGAAGGACAGAUGACUAACUACAAACCUUAACCAAGGCUAAAAACUAUUUUUAAUUUACUAUUUUUAAACACUUAUCCUGCCUUAAACCUCUAUUUUGAAUCCCUAAUCCUGUCUUGAAACAUUAGUUUGAAACUCCAAACCCUAACACUUGCCUAGAAAACCAAAUUUGAAACCUUAACCCUUGUUUAAAACCUUAACCCUGGCUUAAACCCCUAUUUUGAAACCCAAAUCCUGCCUUGAGACCUUAGUUUGAAAUAUUCUGUGAAACCCAAACACUUGCCUUAAACCAUAAUUUGAGACCUUAAUAUUGUUUAAAACCUUAACUUGAAACCAUUAACUACAAACCCUAACCCUGGCUAGAGACCCAACUUUGAAAUCGCAGCCCUGGCUUGAAACGUUAAUUAGAAACCCCAAUCCUGUCUUGUAAACCUACUUCGAAACCCUAAACCUGUUAAGAAGUCCUAACACACAAAUAAAAAAAUAAAAAAAGUGGUUGCUGUUAACAAGUCAACUCUUUUUUAAAUGUCACUAAUAGACCUGGGAACGUCUUGAAGUUGUCCUAUUAGUGAGGACAAAGAGCAUAUCAGUACCUGGACCUAAUGCUGGGUAUCGAGGAUAUCGAAUAAAUGCUCCAACAGGUAGCCACAAUAACCAGUGUAAUGUUUUAUUAGUAA